GCAUCGUAAGCCAGUGUCUCCUAGCAACCAAUCCAGGAAGGAUGGCCAAUUUGACUGCGGAGAGUGUUAAAGCUGUUCUUCAGUUGCAGCAGAAGCUUGGUCGCCUGUAUCUAAGAGAUUUGCUGGGGUGGAAGGAGUUUGAUGAAAUUCAGGAAGUACGUCAGAGUAUCAAACUUGAUGCCCAUUACUAUAGCCUGGUGUUUGCUGCUAACAAAGGUUUAUGCUGGCAAGCUGUAGCUGAAGUGGGAAAAUUGACAGGGGAGCUAUUGGAGGAAACCCAAGUUUCCCUCAAAAGUCCAACUGUCACUUCAGCAGAAUGUCACAGGAGAAACUACUGCCUGUAUGAUUCUAAUACUUGUUUGCCCCUGUUGCAAGCCAUUAAAAUCCUUCAAGAGAAACUGACUGGCUUUCCAGUUCACCUCUCCUCUUUCCGGAAGUCUGCUGUGUAUGAUUACUUUUUAAACACAUUUCUUAAGCAUUAUUGGCUGUACCAGUUUGUGAUGACUCGGGAGAGAGACCACAAUCAGACAUUUGCCAUUCUUGAGGUCUGUGCUCCCCCCAGUCCCCCUCCUUUGAGUGAAGGCAUAGAUAUUGAAAUGUGGAACUACCAGCAACAAUUAGCUGUCCUCUGUGCAGCUGAAGAAGAAAAACAGGCCAGUAUAAUGCAUAUCCGAGAAACUUUGCAUGCAGAACGGGAAAGUCUGCUCCAGGAGGUGUACCAAAGGGUCAGAAGACAAACACAGACCCUUAGCACAGAGACACUGAUAUCUUUGGUCAAUGGAGCAAUUAAAACUCAGAUCCAGAACCUGCAUCAUAUUAUUCAACAUGAGAUCCAGACUACCUUUGAAAUCUUGGAAUUAAAGCUUGAGAAAAAGGCCUUGAUGCUCAGUUCACCUGUUCCAUACCCACCUCCAUUCUGUCCUGACUUGCGAGGAAAAAAAUCAAGCAAACUUCAAAAGAAGACACAGGACAACCCUUUAGAAAAUGAAGACAAAAUGGAGAAGGACCAAAAGAAGAAAAAUAAAUGAAGAUUGCUUUGGGAUUCUCUUAUUGUGCACCCUUCAAUGAGAAAGCAAUCCAUGCAUCUCCUUAUAAUUGUACUUUUUUAUCCCUGGCAUUCUAAGUGCUUUGCCUCUGAUUCUCCAGAGUGAUACUACUUCAGACUGGAGGUAUGGUUCAUAUGUUUGCAUUUUAAAAGAAAGGAUUCUUUCAUAGCCUUGCACUGACAUAUUCAAUUUGCAAUGCAAGGUACUGUGAAUAGAUUGAGACACAUCAUAUAUGCAUUAUGUGAAAUGUCUACAUCGCUUAGUUUAAAUAACAUAAUUUUAAAAUAGAUUGCCAUCUUAGGAGAACAAAACUUGAGUAUUUUUUACGUACAGAGGAUAAAAUUAGAUAAAUAAACUCUAAUAUUCAUAUUAGAAUCUGAGAAUCGGCAAGCAUUACUUAGCAAAGGAAUCUAGUAAUCUGCUCUGUGCUUCUGAGGUUUUUCUUUCAGCUUUUUCAUGAAUAGUGCUGCACGUUGGCUGGGGAAAUUUACUGAAGUUAUGCCAUAUGCCAAAGUUCUUAAAGCCAGAUUCUUAUAGUCAGCAGCAUAUACAUGCAUGUUUAAUUGCCUACAUUAGGUCAAUGGGUUUUGCACACAUUGUAAUCCUGAAUAUUCAAGCAUCAUUUUAAAGUUCAGAUAAAUAUACAAUUGGUGGGUGAGGGAUAAUUUUUAUUUAUUUUUAAAUUUGGAUAUUUUAAGUCAAAGCAAUGGCUAUCAAGAUACCAUUUGCCCUGUUCUCCUGCCAGAUACUUCCUCUUUGGGGAUCUCUUGGUUUUGAUCUUUCAUCAACAAAUUAAAUAGGAAUGCAGUUCAGUUUCUGGGUUCCACCCUCCAAUAGCUUUUAGGUUUCUCAGUUGCCUUCAGUUUAGGCUAAUGCACAGAUACUCUAGGAACUUAAGGGAAGAUCAACUAUUAUUUGGGGUCAUACACAUCACCUAAGCAGAUAAUGGAAUUUCCUUCCUGAAAGAGGCUAUAAUAACAGGACUAAUGUCCUCAUUGCUUCAGUGCUCUCCACGACUUGUUGCAGCAAUGAUAAGCGUCUAAAAAUUACUGUAAAUUAAAGGAAAAAGCAUGGGUGGGAAGAGGACAAAAUGUGAAGAUAUCUGAGAUGAAAGACAUCCUAGUCUUAUGAGACUACAUGAAAACAAAAUGGCUUUGUCAAAACUACUCUAUGCUUGUGCUGCCAAUUAAUAGUACCCUCUUUGAUUUAGAGACUGUUGUCAUAGACAUGGGACAUAUUCAGAAAGAAGCAUUUUCCUCUAGGAAAUUAACUGCUUAUUCUACAAGAGGACAGUUAUUUACAAUGGCAUGCUUCAUUCAGUCUUCCCUAGCUUAUUUCCAUUCUAAUUCCUGUAUUCUAGAUAUACAAAAUGAGACUGCAGAGCUGGAAUCUCUUAGCACCUUCUGUAAAGAAAUCCUUAGGGCAGUACCUAACAUGGUCUUUGAAAAGUGGAAGGCUAUAAUGCCACCGUAUAUGGGCCCCCGAAUGUUCUAAAACUUGUCACCAAACUGUAAUCCUCAAUGUAAUAGACGUUAUUCAGCCUGUAAAGAGCAAUCUUAUUAACUCAGCUUAAGUAAUAUAAUUAGCAUACUUUUAAUUGGAUUUAAACUGAAUUAGAUUUUAUCUACUUAUAUUUUAUCACUUAAUAGAAGUAUAAAUAUUGUUAUUUGCAUAUAACUUUGAAGUAAAAAUAAAUUGAAUAUAAUAUAGUGAAGAGUAUUGUUCUGCUCCCGAAACUGAAGUAAGGUUCAACCACCUGUCCAGUCAGCAUGUGUUUGUGAAAUAAAGAGAAUUGUGGUUUUGUCCAUCUUAAGCAGCAAAAUGCCUUUUGCCAUGUUUGAGAGCUCUAUUUUCAGUCUCAGUAAAUUAUCUUUAAGGAAUAUGCACCUGAAGGUUGCCUUUUUAUACUAGUGGUGGUAAUAAUGAUGUAUUUCUUACAAGCUGAUUUUUAUAGUCUUCCUUUAAAUAUAUUGUCAUCGCCCUCAGCUUCUUUUCUGAUAAUAGACGUUGUCUAUACAAAUACAAUUUGAUCUGAUAGAAAGUUUAUUUCAGGGAUGACUUCUGUCUUAGAUAUCCUUCCAUCGAGUGAAGAAGCAAGCAAAAGGAAAUGAGGCAUGGGUGUCUGAAUUUUUUUUUAAAGGCUGCAAUCUAUGUUGAGUAUUUUAGACCCCCACCACUCAAAUAUGAAGUCUACUAUGGGAUACGGGACAUUGUAUUUUCGUCAUGUUAUUCUUUCAGAGAGCCAUCUAUAUGCUCUCACAGAGAGCAAGAAAGCGACGUUAUUUUUCUUGAAGUAUAAACAAGUCGUGAUUUUCUUAAAUAUAAAGGUAGCCCCAGGACGCAUAACAUCCGGUUGGAGGGGCCGGCUACUGUUAUCAGUCAGGAAACAGAGCUGGACACAUCCUCUCCUAAGUCUCAGCAGCCUAAAGCCACCUCCAGUGGCAUGAUUUGGCAGGAAAAGACAGAGUUGUGUGUCUUACUCCUUCUCCUUUGCACACAGCAGGAGCCUCCCUUUACAGCUCUGGGAAAAUGAAUCCCUUUCUUCCUCUAACAGAUCAGAGUGGGAGAACAUUUUUUUCUGCCUGAGAAAGCAGCAGAAUUUGUAAUAUUGGAAUGUGAGGUGAUACAGGACAGCCUUCCACCACUGGGUACUAAGAAAAAAAGUCUCUGAAUGGCUCAAUACAAAACCCAUCUGCCUCCUCCUCCUCCUCUUCCUCCUCCUCCUUAUCAUCAAUUUCCACUCAGGAUUUCCAAACAUUUAUCAUUUAAGACAAGCCCAUUGAAGGCAGUAACUAUUUUUGUUUUAGCAGCUGCCAAAGUUAAAUUGAGUGGGAAGGGUCAGACAAAGCGAAAGGAGUUUAGAAUUUCCUAGAGUGUAAUAGAGUUUAAAAGCAGCCAUUAGUGGACUGUGUCAUGGAGUGUGUUAUGUGUGACUCUUUUUCCUAAUGUUGUUUUCCAAGUUAAAAUAAUGUUUUCACUUUCUCUGAAGGAAGAGACAAAUUAAAGGAUAAAGUAUUUUAUUUACAAAAAAGAAGGUUUUAUCUUAGUCCAAUAUUAUGAUCCCGAUCCUAAAGUAUUUCUUGAUCCCUGCCUUGAAUUUCGGGAGCAACAGGAGAAGGAACCUAAUCAUCUAUUUUCUGCUAUCGCAGCAAAGAAAUGGGUAACCCCACUCAGAGAGACCUCUUGGUCUGUCAAGAGCUGCAUUUCAUAUUCCUUCAGAAUUAAUUGGUUGAGAAAUACAUUCUGGCAUCCCUUUCUCUCUCCUUCUCUUCCAUACCAAGCUUUCCCCCAAGGUUAGGUGAUGAUGCCUAAGUUAUGUUAUGCCUGAUGUAGGUGUGUGUGCAUAUAUAAAAAAUUACAUAUUUUCAGACAUUUACUGAAAUAGUAUUUGUUACCAUGCUGCCCUGCUUUCUUCAUGAUAUCACAAGGCGUGUUUAUAAAAUGUGCCAAAUAAUUUUUCCUUCUCUUUUCUAAUUGUGACUGUGAAAGGUGCGUGCCUGCACACAUACAGAUUUCCUUUCACCAUAAACAGCAAUAUCAAGUUAAAUAGAAACAUGGUCAUGCUUUCCGAUUGGACUGCAAAUUUAGCCUUUUUUAUUGUACUAUCUGUUUUCAAAUUUCUCAAGCUCAGUGUUGGAAUAGUCACAGUACUAUCUAGCUCAUCCACCACAUCUAGACCAGUGUUCCUCAAUUUUAGCAACCCAACUCAAGAGUUGAAGUCCACACAUUUAAAGUUGCCAAAGUUGAGAAACACUGGUCUAGAAGAUUCUUAAGCCUAAGAACCAACCAAAUAUGGGAAAUUGGUAAUGAAUUCUCCCAUCAUUAGUUUUGACUUACAAGUAGCUAUAUCACUGUCACACAUCAGUAAUAUUUUAUUAAUGUUUCACCAAAGAUUGAUUUUCAAUCACUCAUGCUAAUGUUAACCCCCAGAAUGAUUAAAAACCUGUCUUUUAUGUUGAAUGACUAUGCUGCAUGCAUUUCAUAAUUGUUGUAAUGUCUUCCCAGAUUAAUUUCCAGUUUUCUUCAUCAGGCUGGUCACUUAUCUCUGGACAGGAUUC